UAGUCGGCCAUUAUUGGCAUUUGCCAUAAUACUUUUCAGUACAGCGAUUUAAUUUUUCUACGUUCGUUUUGUUGAAUUACACUCGCAAGUGCAGCAACGUAUUCAUCGUCGCCGAUUUGUAAUAAUAUGAGUAAUGUACCCAAUCAAAAUGGAUCAGGUCUAGAGCAGCAGUUUGCUGGUCUGGACUUGCAGGGCAACUCACAGCCCAGUUCGGCUCCAAGCAAGUACGUUCCACCUCAUCUGAGGAACAGACCGGAUAAUUCCGAAGCAGUAGAACCAGAAAGUGUUGAUACAGACAGAGAUUUUAACGCCCCUCGCCAACCAUCAGGAAACGAUCGCCGUGGUGGCCGAAGAGAUGAUUAUGAAGAUCGUUCCUACAAUGGAUCAUCGAGUUCCGGUUAUGGUGGCGUACGAGGCGGAGGUGGUUAUAGAGGCAAUUACCGCAAUGAUAGAGAUGGCGGCGAUUGGUCGCGUUUCAAUCAAGGAGGCAGCAGGUGGCAAGAAGGAAACGGAGGAAGAAGGAGUGGAGAAAAUCGUAGAGGCCGUUGGGAUGAAUCUAGCGCGCCUAAUCAAGAUUGGACAAAACCACUCCCACCUGAUGAACGUUUGGAGGAGGAACUUUUUGGAAAUAAUAGUACAGGCAUUAAUUUCAAAAAUUAUGAAGAUAUUCCAGUUGAAGCAACUGGUGAAGAUAUACCCUCCCAUAUUGAUACAUUUGACGACAUUAAGCUGACAGAUAUUAUACGCAUGAAUAUUGCAUUGACUCGUUAUGAUACUCCAACUCCAGUUCAAAAGUAUGCUAUACCGAUUAUUGUUGGCCGUCGUGAUGUUAUGGCCUGUGCCCAAACUGGAUCAGGCAAAACUGCUGCAUUCUUGGUUCCCAUACUCAAUCAGAUUUAUGAAAAAGGGCCGGCCGCAUAUAAUGUUGGGCCUAAGCUACAGUCAAGACGUAAAUAUCCUCUUGGUUUAAUAUUAGCUCCUACUCGUGAAUUAGCUACCCAAAUAUACGAUGAAGCAAAAAAGUUUGCGUAUCGUUCUAGAGUGCGUCCUUGUGUCGUCUAUGGUGGUUCACAUGUUAUGGACCAAAUCCGUGAUUUAGAACAGGGGUGCCAUUUAUUAGUGGCCACUCCUGGCCGUUUAGUGGACAUGUUGGAGAGAGGUAAAAUUGGGUUAGAUUUUUGUCGAUACUUAGUUUUGGAUGAAGCUGAUCGAAUGUUAGAUAUGGGUUUUGAAACUCAAAUAAGACGUAUUGUUGAGAAGGAUUCUAUGCCUCCUCCAGGUGACAGACAAACUCUGAUGUUCUCUGCAACAUUCCCUAAAGAAAUUCAAAUGUUGGCUAGAGAUUUUCUUGACAACUAUAUUUUCUUAGCUAUUGGUCGAGUUGGAUCAACAUCUGAAAACAUAACACAAAAAAUUGUUUGGGUCGAAGACAGAAACAAAAGAUCCUAUUUAUUAGAUUUACUAAAUGCUACUCCAAUUAGAUCAAAACCUGCUGAGUCAUUGAUAUUGGUGUUUGUUGAAACAAAGAAAGGCGCCGAUUCUUUGGAAGAAUUUUUAUAUUCCAACGGUUAUCCAGUAACCUCUAUUCAUGGUGACCGAACACAGCGAGAACGUGAGGAUGCAUUAAAAAGUUUCCGAUCAGGGAACACACCGGUCUUAGUUGCUACAGCUGUUGCAGCUAGAGGCUUAGAUAUACCUCAUGUAACACAUGUGAUUAAUUAUGAUUUACCAUCAGAUGUCGAGGAGUAUGUGCAUCGCAUUGGACGUACUGGCCGUAUGGGAAACUUAGGUUUGGCCACUUCUUUUUUCAAUGACAAAAAUCGCAAUUUAACAAGAGACCUAAUGGAAUUGAUAACUGAAUCAAAACAGGAAUUACCUGGAUGGUUGGAAAGUAUGGCUGUAGACUUCAGAAUGAGCAGUGGAAGAAGAAGUAAUGGAGCAAAAGGAGGAAGUCGUUUUGGAGGUGCUGGUUUUGGUUCUCGAGAUUAUCGUACUACGAGCAGCAUGCCACCAAGGGGUGGUAGUUCUGGUCCACCUCGUAGGGACUAUGGAGGUGGCAGUAAUAAUGGAGGUGGAUUUUAUGGUGGUGGUAAUUAUGGAGGAUCAUACAAUAGUGGCGGUGCAGCUUCCAAUGGAAAUUCUUCUACUCAAGAUUGGUGGUCUCAGUCAUAAAUACGCGGUAAAUAAAGAAUAAAUCAUAACUGAUACAUAAAAAAUAUAUAUAUUAUAAAGUUUAGAAAAAAAGUGAAUUAAAGUUUUUUAUGAAUUGAUAUGCCUCUUACAUUUAGGUUGAAUGUCAUUACACUAUAGUUUAAAUUCAUUAUUUAUGUAAAAUGUAUUAAUGAAUUUUGAUUUCAAACAAAGUAUGUUUUAAUUUUUUUAUUUUUUAUUCUAAGCUUUGUUUUUUUUUUUUUAGAUUAUAAAUCAUCUAAUAUUUAUGUUGAGAUAUAGCUCUAAAUCUUCAUUUAAAAUGAGUAUUUAAAGGGAAAAAGAAUAUUAAGCAUUGUAUGUAAUUUCUAUUUAUAGUGUAAUAAUACAAAUUUGUUACAUUCAAUAAUUAUGACAAAAUUCUGUACAUUUAUAUUAAUUUAUUUAUAGCUGAUGAAUUUGAGUAAGACAAAUAAAAUUCAUAAUCACUUUUGUAUUUCAUCUUAGUUUUAAAUUAUUACCUAUCAAUUUAGUUACCUUUUGCUUAUAGCCUAGCAUUAUAAAUCUAAAUAAUCAAAGAGUAUUAUUUAUUUAUUUAUUCAAUGGGUCUUAUGUAAGUAAUAUUUCUAUACCAGGAAUGACGUAUUGACAAUUGGGUGUUUGUUAUUCAAUUGCUUGUUGAGUACUUAAAAAUGAUAUAAUAUCUUUGUUGUUUAUUUAGCUAUGUUGUAUUGUUUUAUAAUGCUGUUUUUCACACGUUUCGUUCAAUGUACAGUAAAGUUGAGACCAGUGGAAUUUGUCCUUGUUUUUUCAUUAUUCUUGAUGUCAUUAAACAAAAUUAUUUCUAUAUGCCAAUAAUUUUAAUUAAAACCUAUUAUUGUAUUUCAUAUAACAUCUGGACAGAUUAAUAUUUCAAAAUACACAAGUUGUCUUCACACUUAUGCUUAAAGUUUAAAAAAGUAUUGUCACAUUCAUAUUUGUCAACCACCCAUUUAAUUAGCUUAAUAUAUUUAUUUUUCUGGUAUACUGUAAAACUAUAUUUAAAUAUAUUAGAUAUCAAAUAUGUAUAUUUAUUUAUACAAUAAUAGGAGCGAAAAAAAAACAAUAUUUUAAAUUCACCCGAUAUAUUGUUUAGAAUAGUUCAAUCAUUGAUUAUUAUUUAAUAGAGUGUCAAAUGUAACUAAACUGAAGACACAUAAUAUUUUGUGUUUAUAUUAUGUAAAUCCUUUUUGUGUAACCUAUCAGUAUGUAUUUUGUCAAAUAAAAACUUGUUGAUAUUUCUUUGUAUCACAUGGAAUUUUCUAAUUUUUAAA